AUGGAUGAUGGAAUCGACAUGCAAGAUUUACAUGGUGGUAUGGAUGAUAUCCUAGGUCCAAACGAGGAUUUGCAAGGUGAGCAAGAUGAUGGCAUUCACAUGGAAGUGGACAGUGAACCUGAUGAGUGCAUUCCUAUGAACAAGACAAAGGAUGAUGAGUUUCUGAGUAAGUUGUGCCCAAAGGAGCAAGUCACCCCCCACAGUCCACCUCGUGAAGAUACAUAUGAUCCACCACAAGAAGAUGAGUGUAGAAGAGCAAAGAAGUAUGCAAUUGAACUGAUUGAAGGAACACUAGUGGAGCACUAUGCAAAGUCGUGGUCAUAUGGUGAGGAGAUUAGAAGAUCAAAUCCAGGAUCAACAGUCAAAAUUGAUGUCAUUUCUAUGCCAGAUGGUAAGAAUUAUUUUAGCAAACUUUACUUGUGUUUUGAUGGGCUUAAGCAAGGGUGGAGAGGGAGUUGCAUAAGGUUUAUAAAUUUAGAUGGAUGUUUCUUAAAGGGCUUAUGUAGUGGAGAGCUAAUAUGUGAUGUACGAAGAGAUGCCAAUAAUCACAUAUUUCCAAUUGCAUGGGCAGUUGUCUGUAUAGAGAACAAAGAAAAUUGGAAAUGGUUUUUAGAAAACCUUAGAGAUGACCUUCAACUGGAUAAUGGUUUUGGGUUGUUAGAGGUUGUGAAGGAAAUAUUGCCUACUGCUGAACAUAGGCAGUGUGCAAGGCAUAUUGUUGCCAACUUUAGGAAAAGAUUCAGUGGUGUGCAUUAUGAAACCAUGUUUUGGAAGGCAAGCAAUGCAUCCACUGAGCCUUUAUUUAAUGCUGCCAUGAAGGAGAUUGAAGUGCAUAACCAUGCAGCCUUUGCUUAUCUUAUGGAAACAAACCCCAAAUCUUGGAGUAGAGCAUUUUUUCAAAAGGGAAAGAUGUGUGAUGCAGUGGAGAAUGGCUUAUAUGAGAGCUCCAACAAUGUGAUAAGGGAUGCUAGGAAAAAGCCAAUCAUCACCAUGUUAGAGGAUAUUAGAUUGUAUGUUAUGGAGAGAAUAUACAAUUUAAAGAUUAAAGGUAUUUCAUGGCCUGAUUACAAGCCUUGCCCAGCAAUUACACUCCUACCGAAUCAAUUAAAAAAAGCUCAAAGGUAUUGGCAGGUUUUACCAAGUGGUCUAAACCAAUUUGAAACAAGAAACAUGGUUAAGUCCUAUGUUGUUGACCUGGAUAAAAAGACUUCCACUUUUGCAACUAUAUCAUUUCUCAAUAGAGAUGUUGGUGGUUAUGUUGAUACAAUGUUCUAUGGAGCAGUCUACAAGAACACCUAUAAGUAUCUAAUUCAGGGGAUGAAUGGUAGCAAUAUGUGCCCACCUACUGACUUCAUACCACCUCUUCCACCAAUGAAGAGAAGAAUGCAAGCUGAAAGACCUCAAGUGCAAAAACCUGAAGUUGGUAGGAGGCCCAAACUAAAUGUUAAAAAAAGGAAAACAGGUGUCAAUGAAAAAGGUGAAGGAGCAGGAGGUAUCAAUGAAAAAGGUGAAGGAGCAGGAGGUGUCAAUGAAGGGCAAAAGGGUCAAGGAGAAAAAUCAAUGCAUGAAGGGCAAAAGGGUCAAAGAGCAGAGAUAUUGCUGCUGGAAGGAGAUGUAAAAGAAAGAAAUCGAAGAGAAUCAUAA